GGUUGUGCAAUUCUUUAUGUUUCAAAAUUCUUUUCUAAAAUUGAUGAAUUAAAAACACUUGAAACCACAUGUAAGAAGUUUUCAGACACAAUUUCGAAAUUACAGAAUAACCCAUUUCCUUUAAACAAAAAGACAGUAAAGUACUUUUCGAGUCUGACAACACUCAACAUUUGGUCUGAAGAAGACGACUUUUUUGGUCACAACAUUUUCUCGAACAAAAAGUGUUCUCAAGAGGACGCGCAUUCUUUUUUAAAGAUAAACAUCUGGUGCGACGUGUCUUACAGUUUCACUCAAAUGCACAAAGACUCCAACAUUUCAUUUAAGAACGUUAUAUUCACCAAAGAUGAUCUUGAGAAAUAUGGCACGGCAAUACCGCCAAAUGUCAAACGCCUUGGCAAGCAGUGUUUUACAACACUGACAAUUAAUAAAGUUGACAUCCCCAAUUCCGUGUCUCGUAUUGGCGAUGGGUGUUUCUCGUUAUGUUUAUCAUUAAGUUCAGUGACGUUGCCAUCCAAUUUACUCACUCUUGGAAAUUACACUUUUAAUAAUUGCAAUUCCCUUGUCUCGCUGCAACUCCCAAAAAGUGUCUCAAAAAUUGGUGAAAGCUGUUUUCUGUAUUGCAACAGUCUGACGUCCGUGACCCUGCCAGACGCGAUUUCCGAUAUUCCAAAUAAUUGCUUUAAUAAUUGCGUCAAACUCCAAACAAUCGAAUUUCCAUCAAAAGUCCGCGGGAUCGGGUUAAACUGCUACAACGAGUGUUAUUCCCUUGAAAAAGUCCACAUUCCAAAUUGUGAGUGUUUUAUUGGCGAUUUCGCGUUUUCGAAUUGCUCCAAAUUAGUCGAAAUUUCCAUUGAAGGAAGUGCGCAAAAAAUCGGAGAAAGUUGUUUUGAAAAUUGCGACUCUUUGGAGGUCAUCAAUUUGCCACAAAGUGUCUCGGUUUUUGGAGAGUCAUGUUUUAAUAAAUGCGCCAAUUUAAUUAAAAUUGUUUUACCAACAAGUCUGAAAGCACUUCCAAAUUACUGUUUCAGGUUGUGUUCUAAAAUUAAAGAAAUACAAAUCCCAAGUGGAGUGUCGAAUAUAGGCGAUUAUUGCUUUAGUGAGUGCGCAAAACUUGAAAAUGUGUUAAUACCAAAAAGUGUCAGUGAUAUUGGAGAAGGGUGCUGUUAUCAUUGUGAAAGUCUGAAAACACUUGAAAUCCCUCGAAACGUGAAAAUUAUAAAGACCAAAUGUUUCUCUGGGUGUACAUCACUCGAUAUCACUGUGCCAAGUACUGUAACUUCAGUUGGUAAAAACGCUUUUGAAAAAGAAAAAAAGGGCACAAGUAAGUUAGUAAGUUAUUGCCAAAUUUUGGCAAUGUACAAUACUAUCUUAAUUGAUUUUACUAUAAACAAUGAUGCUGUUUAA